GCAGCUUAAAGCCCACCUGCCUACUACACUUUACUCAAGGCCCAGACCCAGACCCAGACCCGUCAGAGGGGACCCUUGAACCGCAACAAACACCAGUGCACCACAGUACCUCACUUGCCCCGCCAUCCAAAAAGCAACCCCGCGCCGCGCCUGCCACAUCCCGAAAAGGAGAGCUUCCUUUCCUGCACGAUUGACCGCCCUCCCUUUGCUCAACUUUCCCAUUGAACUUUUCCUCAUCCCUCCUCCCAUCCCUCGAAGCGCGAAACUCUCACGACAAAGCUGCUUUCCUCAAAUCUUCGCCAAUCGCAAUACCGAAAUUGAAUCUGCAUUGUGCCAGCAUUCACAAGAACAAACACCGUCACGAUGGCUACCUCUCUCCCCAGCUACCCUCCCCUCACGGAGCGCCCUCUGAAGAACACCAUCUGCCUCUUUGACGUCGACGGCACCCUCACUCCCGCUCGUCUGGCCGCCUCCCCCGAGAUCCUCGACCUCCUCGCCCGCCUCCGCCAAAAGUGCGCCAUCGGCUUCGUCGGCGGCUCCGACUACUCCAAGCAGCAAGAGCAGCUCGGCAACGCCACCACCCCCGUCACCACCCUCUUCGACUUCUGCUUCUCCGAGAACGGCCUGACGGCCUACAAGCUCGGCCAGCCCCUCGCCUCCAACAGCUUCAUAAAGUACAUUGGCGAGGACCAGUACAAGGAGCUCGUCCGCUUCGCCCUCCACCACAUCGCCGACCUCGACAUCCCCAUCAAGCGCGGCACCUUUAUCGAGUUCCGCAACGGCAUGGUCAACAUCUCCCCCGUCGGCCGCAACGCCUCCAACGAGGAGCGCCAGGCCUUCGAGGCCUACGACAAGGUCCACAACGUCCGCCGCGACUUCGUCGCCAAGCUCCGCGAGAAGUUUGGCCACCUCGGCCUGACGUUCAGCAUCGGCGGCCAGAUCUCGUUCGACGUCUUCCCCACCGGCUGGGACAAGACGUACUGCCUGCAGCACCUCGAGAAGGAGGCAGAGAAGGAGGGCGGCGUCAAGUACGAGCAGAUCCACUUCUUUGGCGACAAGACGGCCGAGGGCGGAAACGACUACGAGAUUUACGUCGACGAGCGCACCAUCGGUCACUCUGUCACCGGCCCCGAGGAUACCAUUCGCAUCCUCAAGGAGACGUUUGACUUGUGAACCGCGGCGGAGAGGAGUAGGCUGUGAGGGAAUCUUACAAAAGACUUGCAGGCUGGGGAGGAUGACUUAGCUUGACCAGUCAACAAAAAUGGGGUUGAGAUGUCAUGGGGCCAGCUUUCUAGACUUUGUGGUUGUGGGCUGUGGCCUUGGGGAACAACAGACCUGCGACAUGUCGAGAGCGGCCAUAACAGGCCUGCUAUCGAGACUUGAUUUUUCAGUAGAGCAG